GUCUCAGAGCACUGCAGGAUGACUGUCACCUACACCAGGCGCGUGGCGGACGCGCGGCUUGGCACCUUCUCUCUGCUCCUGCUGCGCUGGCGGGGGAGCAUCUACAAGUUGCUGUACCGCGAGCUGUUCAUCUUCCUGGGACUGUACUAUGCACUCAGCGCCACCUACAGGGUGAUUCUGACAGAAGGACAGAGGAGGAUGUUUGAGAAGCUGGUUCUGUACUGCAAUCACUACUCUGGGCUCAUUCCAGUCUCCUUCGUGCUCGGUUUCUAUGUCUCUGUGGUGGUCUCUCGCUGGUGGAGUCAGUACGAGAGCAUCCCCUGGCCGGACAGGCUCAGCAGCCUGGUCUCGUGUCAUGUGCAGGGAGCAGACGAGCGUGGCAGGCUGCUGCGUCGCACUCUGGUGCGCUACGCCAACAUGGCGAGCGUGUUGAUCCUGCGCUCCGUGAGCACCGCUGUCUACAAGCGCUUCCCCACCAUGGAACACGUUGUGAGGGCAGGUUUCCUCGUGUUCGGCAAGUUCUCGGAGACCGGGGAGAAACCCCAAGUGGUCGGACACAACAAGUUCUGGGUCCCCUGCGUGUGGUUCACCAGCCUGGCUGUGCAGGCCAGGCGAGAGGGGCGCAUCGACAACGACGUGGUGCUGCAGGCCAUACUCAACGAGAUGAAUACCUUACGGCAGUGCUGUGGGACUCUGUAUAGCUACGACUGGAUCAGCGUUCCCCUGGUUUACACACAGGUGGUGACGGUUGCUGUGUAUAGCUUCCUGCUGGCCUGUCUGAUUGGUCGGCAGUUCCUGGACCCCGCGCAGGGGUACCCCGACCAUGACCUCGACCUCUACAUCCCCGUCUUCACCCUGCUGCAGUUCUUCUUCUACCUGGGCUGGCUCAAGGUGGCUGAGCAGCUGAUUAACCCCUUUGGCGAGGAUGAUGACGACUUCGAGUCAAACUGGUUCGUGGACAGGAACCUGCAGAUCUCUCUCUUGUCAGUGGAUGAGAUGUAUAAUAAUCUGCCGACUCUGGAGAGGGAUCUCUAUUGGAACGACUGUGACCCGCAGCCCCCCUACACCUCGGCCACUGUAGAGUACCGGAUCCACUCCUUCAUGGGUUCCACCUUCGACAUCAGCAUGCAGAAGGAGGAGAUGGAGAUCCAGCCCCUGGAGCAGAUCAAAGAGGACGUAGAGGUGAACCACUCCACCCCUCUACUGGGAAACCUGAGCCGGCUCCUGGGUCUGCAGACUGCCUCCUUCACUCGCUCCGGCUCCCGGUUCAACCUGCUGAGGAGGCGUGGGGGGGGUUCCUCGAACAACUGCUUCCCCCUGUACACACACCCCUCGCUGUCCCCGUACCCCAAACCCUACAACCCCGGCCUCUCAUGGCUGCAGCAGGGGGAACACGACAGCCUGGACCCCGACAGAGACCGAGACCUCGAUUUCGCUUUCACCUCUGUCCCCUUCCACGGCCGGCCGGGCUUCUACAGCUGCCCACAGACCCCCAUCCACUCUGUGCCCAUGGUGUUCCCCCCUUGCCCUCGGCGAGGGCCCCAGCGCGCGCCCCCCAGGACAGGGCAGGAAUGGGAGCGUGGCUCGGGGCUGCUCGGGGCUCCCCCACACCUGCCCAACUCCUCCCUCCCACCUUCCCUCUGGCUGAAUGACGAGUCAGCAGGGGGACAGGUCGACCAGCAGUCCCGAUCCAGAUUCAGCUCCCCUCUCACCCCAGACCCCCAGACGAACCCCCUCUCUUCUCCUUCGAGGUUCAGCCACCCCCUCCUGCUCUCUCCGAGGCGGGGAACAAGCUGA